AUGAAGAAAAAGAAGUUGAAACCUUCUAUAUCGACCUGGAAAAGUCCUAAAGAGCUUCCCGAGUUUAUCAUGACGACUACGACCAUCCAUAGGAACUCGCAAUUCGGAACCCCUCCUCGCUGGACGCGGGAGUCACCCCAUGGAGGAUACCAUAAUGAAAUUGACCACAUCAUCGUCAGUAAAAGGUUUUGCCUGAUGAAUGUCGCUGCUGUACCGAAGUUUUAUACGGGAUCGAACCAUCGCCUUCUUCGAGAAGUAGUUUCUUUCACAGGCAGAGAGCUGCAGAGCGGGGAUAAAAGAAGACCUCGAAGAGAGAAGAGAUCAUUACCGGCUGAAGCAACAAAGACUGGUGGAAGCAUUCGCUACGCCCGUCGGAACUUCGCCAACCGUAAGACAAAAAUGACUGCUCUCCGGAACCCGGAUCGAACAACUACAACAUCGAGAAGUUGA